AUCAGACUUAUACCCCCCCAAAAACCAUAAAACCCCUCAAACCUCACCAUUCACUUCAAAGACCCUUUUUUCUCUCGCAAAUGGCUUCACUAUCAGUGGAUAUAGCCGCUACUUUCCUCUCCUUCACCUCUCGCCACCACCGAACCCCGCUCUCCACAAUCAGGACUGCGGUACUGCCUUUACUCUUGAGACCCAAUACCCUGCGCGCCAGAAGCCUGUCUUUUCAAUCAACCUCGGGGUUUCAGUCAAGAAUUAUUGCCGUUGAUUCCUCAAAGAGACACGCCGGAUGCUGCCGAAGAUUCACGGUGGCCGCGACUGCUGCGGCGCCGCCACAGAGCGAGAGCGAUGACUUGGCGACGAAGAUUCCCCCUGAUAACCGGAUUCCCGCCACAAUAAUUACUGGGUUCUUGGGGUCUGGAAAGACAACAUUACUAAAUCAUAUUUUGACCGCUGAUCAUGGGAAGCGCAUUGCAGUGAUUGAAAAUGAGUAUGGUGAAGUAGACAUCGACGGUUCCCUAGUUGCGGCAAAGACUACCGGGGCUGAGGACAUAAUUAUGCUCAACAAUGGUUGUCUGUGUUGCACGGUUAGGGGUGAUCUUGUAAGGAUGAUUGCUGAAUUGGUUGAUAAGAAGAAAGGGAGAUUUGACCACAUUGUCAUAGAGACUACAGGGUUGGCUAAUCCAGCACCAAUCAUCCAGACAUUUUAUGCUGAGGAUAAGGUUUUCAAUGAUGUCAAGUUAGAUGGCGUUGUCACCUUAGUUGAUGCUAAACAUGCCUGUUUUCACCUGGAUGAGAUCAAGCCAAAAGGAGUAGUCAAUGAGGCAAUUGAGCAAAUUGCUUAUGCUGACCGUAUUAUCGUGAAUAAGACUGAUCUUGUAGGCGAGCCAGAACUUACUUCUUUGGUCCAGCGGAUUAGGAACAUCAACCGCAUGGCUCACAUGAAGCCAACAGCUUUCGGAAAAGUUGACUUGGAUUAUGUUCUUGGCAUUGGAGGCUUUGAUUUAGAGAGGAUUGAGAGUGCUGUGGAUGCAGAUAGUGUAAAGGAGGACCAUGCUAGUCAUGGCCAUGAUCACGAGCACGACCAUCACCAUCAUCAUGAUGAACAUGACCACAAGCAUGAACACCAUGAUGAUCACCAUUCUCAUGAUCACACCCACGAUCCUGGUGUCUCUUCUGUCAGCGUAGUUUGCGAAGGGAGCUUAGAUCUUGAGAAGGCUAACAUGUGGCUUGGUACGCUGUUAAUGGAACGUAGUGAGGACAUAUAUCGGAUGAAAGGUCUCCUAUCUGUUCAGGGGAUGGACGAGAGAUUUGUCUUUCAGGGUGUUCAUGACAUAUUCCAAGGUUCACCAGAUCGAUUAUGGGGCCCAGACGAGCCAAGAGUAAACAAGAUUGUGUUCAUUGGGAAGAAUUUGGAUAAACAGGAAAUAGAGGAGGGUUUUAAGGCCUGCCUACUGUAAUUCAACUUAGUUCUGGCAACAUUUGCUUUGAUUCUUAAAUAUUUCUCCAUUUCCAUGUGCCCAAUGUAUCUAGCGGAGCUGGUAACGAAUGUUCGUCUCAAAAAUUGUUACUGCAGAACUAUAAAACUGAUCUGAUAUCGAUUUGUUGAGUUGCUGCUAGGGUGCUUCGACUGCAUCUUCAGAUAGCUUUGUUAUUGUACACCCAAUUUGAUG